AUGGGGGAUGCUGCGGACCCCCGGGACGGGAGGAGGACGUUCAUUGUUCCAGCCAUCAAGCCCUUCGACCACUACGACUUCUCCAGGGCCAAAAUCGCCUGCAAUCUGGCCUGGCUGGUGGCCAAGGCCUUCGGGACAGAAAAUGUGCCAGAGGAGCUUCGAGAGCCAUUUUACACAGAUCAGUAUGACCAGGAACACAUCAAGCCGCCUGUUGUUAAUUUGCUUCUCUCGGCUGAACUGUACUGUCGCGCUGGGAGCCUCAUUCUCAAGAGCGACGCUGCCAAGCCCCUUUUGGGCCAUGAUGCUGUCAUCCAGGCUUUAGCGCAGAAAGGUCUUUAUGUCACUGACCAAGAAAAAUUGGUAACAGAACGAGAUCUCCACAAGAAACCCAUACAGAUGAGUGCUCACCUGGCCAUGAUGGACACCCUCAUGAUGGCGUACACCGUGGAGAUGGUCAGUGUGCAGAAGGUGGCCGCGUGUGCCCGGCAGUACUCGGCUUUCUUCCAAGCCACAGAUCUGCCCUAUGACGUUGAGGAUGCCGUCAUGUACUGGAUAAAUAAGGUAAAUGAACAUUUGAAAGACAUAAUGGAACAAACACAGAAAUUGAAAGACCACCACACAGUGGAAGCUUCAGGAGGCCAAAAGGCUCGUUACAGGAAAGAGCAGACAUUGCUUAAGCAACUGCCUUGCAUUCCGUUGGUAGAAAAUUUGUUGAAAGACGGCUCCGAUGGCUGUGCGUUAGCUGCCCUUAUUCAUUUUUACUGUCCUGGUGUCGUCAGAUUAGAAGAUAUUUGCUUGAAAGAAACCAUGUCUUUGGCUGAUAGCCUCUAUAAUCUGCAGCUGAUUCAAGAAUUUUGCCAAGAAUAUUUGAACCAGUGUUGCCAUUUCGCCCUGGAAGACAUGCUGUAUGCCGCUUCCUCCAUAAAGAGUAACUACCUGGUGUUCAUGGCGGAGCUCUUCUGGUGGUUUGAGGUCGUGAAGCCCUCCUUCGUCCAGCCCCGCGAUGCUCGUCCGCAAGGAGCUGAACCUGUGGACGAUCUGCCCUCAGUUCCUGUCUUAACUGCUGCCCAGAGAAACGCCUUGGACAGCUCUGACUUCACCCCAAGUGGGGAAGGAGCUGCGCUUACACACUCGCGUCCUCAUUUGCCUUCUAGACACUCACGUCCCCAAGCUCAUCCUUCAGCCUCAGGAGGAAUAAGAAGGUCUUCAUCUAUGUCCUAUGUUGACGGCUUCAUAGGGACAUGGCCCAAGGAGAAAAGAUCAUCAGUGCAUGGCGUUUCAUUUGAUAUUUCCUUUGAUAAAGAAAGUAGUAUACAGAGAUCCACUCCAAGCCAAGGAAUCACUCGUUCUAUUAGUAAUGAAGGACUUACUCUGAACAACAGUCGUGUAUCCAAGAACAUGAGGAAAAAUCUGUCCUUCAAGCCAGUAAAUGGGGAGGAGGGAGCCAGAAGCAUUGAACAAGGACUUCACGUGGGCUCUCACGGCCGCCUGACGGCCUACGUGCCCCUGGACACAAACGAAGUAGGUUCUAAGCAGAGCAUGGCUCACAGGCUUCCGAACGGAGCUCUGCAGAGCAGAGUGCUGCUCGAUGAGUUCGGCAGUCAGGUCGGGACCCCCAGCAUCGAAGAAGCAUUACAGAUAAUCCACGACACCGAGAAGCCCGCCCACACCCCUCGGCCGGACCAGCUUGCGAACGGCUUCUUUCUCCACAGCCAGGAGAUGGGCGUCCUGAACUCCAGCGUCCCGCGCAGCCAGUCCAGUCCCGAGAGCAUCGCGGACACGAAAGGCGCCUCGAGCCCCGUCACUGACAACACGGAGGUGGACACGGGGAUCCACGUCCCUUCAGACGACAUUCCGGAAACUAUGGAUGAAGACUCUUCCCUGAGAGACUACACCGUGAGUCUGGACUCCGACGUGGACGACACGUCCAAAUUCCUCCAGGACUACAACCCCAGAGAGGCCUUGAGUCCCUGUCCCAGCACCGUCAGCACCAAGUCCCAGCCCGGGAGCAGCGCCUCCUCCAGUUCCGGCGUGAGGAUGACCAGCUUUGCCGAACAGAAAUUCAGGAAGCUGAAUCCCACCGACGGAAAAAGCAGCGGCAGCAGUUCUCAGAAGACCACGCCGGAGGGCUCGGAGCUCAACAUCCCUCACGUGGUGGCCUGGGCGCAGACCCCAGAGGACACGGGCCUUCCGCACGGCCGGGACACCACGCAGCUGCUGGCCUCCGAGGUGGUGCAUCUCAGGAUGAAGCUGGAGGAGAAACGGCGGGCCAUCGAGGCCCAAAAGAAGAGGAUGGAGGCCGCGUUCACCAGGCAGAGGCAGAAGGUGGGGCGGACGGCCUUUCUCACCGUGGUGAAAAGGAAAGGGGACGGCCCCUCCCCGCCCCGGGAGGAGGCGGCUGGCGCGGAAGACGGGAAAGCGUACGCGGAGCGGCUGCCUGAGAAGGAGCCGCAGACGGCGAACGGGCCGAGGAGCGGGUCCCCGGCGGACCCCAAGGAGGGCGCGGAGAGCCCCGUGGGCAGGUGGCCGCCGUCCCCGAGCGCGCCCAGCGACCCCGAGGGGCCGUGGAGCCCGGCCGGCCCCGCGGAGGAGCCGCCGCAGGACGGCGAGCUGCUGGAGCACACGCGCUCCAUCGAGAGGCUCAACGCCUCCCUGCUCGUCCUGCAGCGGGAGAUGCAGCGCCUGGCGCUGCAGCAGGAGCUGCUGAUGCACAUGCGCGAGCAGCAGGCCUGGGUCAUCUCCCCGCCCCCGCCCUCUCCGCACCGGCCGGCCCGCGCAGGGAAGCCCCACCGGCCGCCGGCCGAAGCCCCCCGCCCUGCCCACGCGUCUCCGCAGCCCGCUGCCAGGAAGAGCGCCUCCUUCUCCGUCAAAACUCAGAGAACUCCCAGGCCAAACGAAUUGAAACUCACGCCCUUGCACCGAACGCUGACGCCUCCUCGCUCUGUGGACAGCCUCCCUCGGCUCAGGAGGUUCUCUCCGAGUCAGGUCCCCAUUCAGACCAGGUCCUUCGUGUGCUUGGGGGGCGGCGGAGAGCCGGAAGCGAAGGAGUCCGGACGCGAGGAGGGGGAGGAGGAGGGGGAGGGGCCCACGGGCCCUCGGGAGCAGCACGGGCGCAUCCUGGAGGGCGAGGAGGCGCGGGCCCCGCCCCCUGCGGCUCCCGAGGGCCUGGCGCGGCCCGCCACAGAGGCCGCGAGGCCCACCCGGGGCGAGGACUGCGUGAGUCAGCCUGCAGAGCCUCCUUGCAGACCUGCCUUCCCACCUGCUGCUCCUAAAAGUGCUAAUCUGAUCGAAGUCUCCCUCUCAGAUUUGAAAGCCCCUGAAAAGGCUGAUGUAUCUGUUGAAAAAUAUGACGGAGAAAGUGAUAAAGAGCAAGUUGAUGAUGAGCAGAAAGUAUGCUGUGGAUUCUUCUUUAAGGAUGAUCAAAAAGCAGAAAAUGAUAUGGCGAUGAAACGGGCAGCUUUGUUGGAGAAACGAUUAAGAAGGGAGAAAGAGACCCAGCUGCGGAAGCAACAGCUGGAAGCUGAGAUGGAGCACAAGAAAGAGGAGACCAGGCGUAAAACCGAGGAAGAACGUCAGAAGAAGGAAGAUGAGCGAGCCCGCCGGGAGUUCAUCCGGCAGGAGUACCUGAGGCGCAAGCAGCUGAAGCUCAUGGAAGACAUGGACACGGUCAUCAAGCCUCGGCCUCAGGGAGCAAAGCAGAAAAAGCAGCGGCCGAAGUCUAUCCACAGAGACCACAUUGAAUCCCCCAAAACACCCAUAAAAGGUCCUCCAGUCUCUAGCCUUUCUUUGGCGUCACUGAACACAGGCGACAGCGAGAGUGUGCAUUCAGGCAGGAGGACCCCGAGAUCAGAGUCUGUUGAAGGCUUCUUGUCUCCGAGCCGCUGUGGCAGUAGAAAUGGCGAAAAGGACUGGGAGAACGCUUCCACCACCUCUUCUGUGGCUUCUGGAACAGAGUACACAGGACCAAAGCUCUUCAAAGAACCCAGUGCAAAAUCCAAUAAGCACAUAAUACAAAAUGCUUUAGCUCAUUGCUGUUUGGCUGGAAAAGUAAAUGAAGGUCAGAAGAAAAAAAUACUGGAGGAAAUGGAGAAGUCAGAUGCCAACAACUUCCUAAUCUUGUUCCGGGAUUCAGGCUGCCAGUUCAGGUCUUUGUAUACUUACUGCCCAGAGACUGAAGAGAUUAAUAAGCUGACUGGGAUAGGCCCUAAAUCUAUCACUAAAAAGAUGAUCGAGGGCCUUUACAAAUAUAAUUCGGACAGGAAACAGUUCAGCCACAUCCCCGCUAAAACUUUAUCUGCCAGUGUUGAUGCAAUUACCAUUCACAGCCAUUUAUGGCAGACCAAGAGACCAGUGACGCCCAAGAAACUUUUACCCACUAAAGCGUAGGAACCGGGAAAUAUUUGCUUCAGAACAUUCAUGCUAAGUUUGCACUUCAUCUUUCCUGCCUAUAGAAAACCUUUCUAAUUGCCAACAGACUUUUAUUAAUUGAAACUGGACAUCCAGCUCUGUUGUCAUGACAACUGGAAUGUAGACCGCAGUGUUUGGAGUGCAGGAGGACCCACGUGGGUGAUAGGCCAGGCGGUGACGCGCUGUCCAGCUCACAGGUGGAGGUUCGCCUGCUUGGUAUUCGAUACGUCGAAGCACUGAGUUCUCACAUGGACACUAGUUGAAAUACGGCUAAGAUUACGAAUUGUGUGUUUUGUUUGUUGCUUUUUUUAAAAAACUUUUUAACGUACAUGCCUGUCUUCAGAUGGUUUAUUUUGCUGUUUUUCUCUGCUGGGGGUUUGUUCCAAGAUACCUUUGUAUUUUGUUUCACGUGGAGAUCAUGCGAGUAGGAAAUAGGCCUUCAGAGGUAACUUGCGUCUUUCUUAGGAUGCUGAGAGAAACACUAGUGUUUAGUUUUACAGCAACCCUCAUGUUUUAAUGGUGUUAGAGCAUUUGCAAGAAUUAUUCUGCUAAGUAUUUACAAUUCCGUAUUUAUUAUUCACUCAAGUAUUAACGUUUCUCUAUUAAAUAAGAGGAGAAGUUGUGAAGAGCUGCUAUAGGUUCACUUAAACCACAUGAGCUUAACCAAGAAGAUGUUAUUAGAAGUUGCUGAUUAAAUCAGUGCUGUUUUUACACCACUUCUCGCCAACUCAGAAUAAUUUGGAUUGUUCUUUUAACAAAAAGGCCUUCUAUCUCUCUUAAAGUAUGUCACUUUAUAAGCUGGCGGAAGUGAAGGACGCUUGGAGAAUAGUCUCGGAAUCUGAGGAUGUAAGACUUCCUGCCAUGAGUUCUCAAGAGGUCUUUACAUUAUAUUUAUAACUGAUAUAAAAAAUUAUAUUUAGAAUUUUUAAACAUGUACAAAGGGCUACGUUUUGAUUUUAAAAUAGCUUCACAUUCUUUCGCUUAUGUUGAGUUUUUCUUCUUGUUUAUCCUUUUCAGGUGGUUCAGCUUAGAUUAAGUUCACACUUGAAAUCUUCUCUGUGUGGUCUUUGUUCCUUUAACAGUGUAUACCAGAGGGUUAGUUGGGGAAAAACUUCAUUCUCAGGAAAAGACUUGAAUGAUUCUGUGACCCUGUUAUGUUUCAGUGUUGUGACAACCGUGUAAACUUAGAGGGAAAGACAGUAUUGUAGCAUAUAUGAGAUGUGUAGUCUGUUUUCUUUCACGGGAAGUGGAGACUAAAAUUUAUACAUUUCUCUAAUUGAGUUGUUUAGAGAAAUAACUAAUAUCUCAUAUGAUGUAUUUACUUAUUUUUUAAAAAGAGUAGGAAUGAGAUGUCCCUGAACUGUACUUUUCUAUUAUUAUAAGGCCUUUAGGCAUCAGUGCAUCUGGGUUAUCAACAUUUUCUCAAACGCUGUCAAUAUUUUACUGUAAUUUAUGUUCUUAUAUUUAUGUAUAUUUGUUAAAACUGUAAAAAAAAAAAAAUUCACAGAUUUUUUUCCAGUACCUGUGCAAGAUAUAUGUGUAGCUCAGAACUAUUUGUGAUCUACUGUUUGCAUGUAAGAGACCAGGAUAUAUGUAACUCUUAUAUUUUAAGUGUAUACAUAUUGUGUAUAUAAUAUAUGGAGAUUUAAACUGGGGGAACUGCACAUUUUA